AUGCGGGAUUUUUCCUGUUUCAGUGAAAAUGGUGUUCAGGUGGUUGAUUAUUCAUCAUCAUCAACAUCAUCAUCUUCAAACAACAAAGCUCCACAGAACCUAGUCACAUGCGUGUAUGAGUGUCUUUUUCAGGGCAGCUCAUGCUUCAUCACCAUUACCUGGUCCAAGAACUUAGUAGGACAAGGAGUUAGUAUUGGGAUUCAGAAUUCCAGCAAUGAAUUCCUCUGCAAAGUUGAUAUCAAGCCAUGGUUGUUCACAAGAAGAAAAGGGUUCAAGAGUUCACUGGUUGAUUCCUCUGUGGUUGACAUAUAUUGGGAUUUCUCCUUGGCGAAAUUCGGUACUGGCCCUGAACCACGAGAAGGGUUCUACGUAGCUGUUGCUUUCGACCAAGAAAUCGUGCUGAUUCUCGGGGAUUUGCAUAAGGAAGUCUACAAGAAAAUCGAUCGAACUCCAAGAAAGCCUGCCUCUGCUGCUGCAUCUUCUGAUGCAGUGUUUGUUGCUAAAAGAGAGCACAUAUUCGGGAAGAAACAUUAUGGAACAAAGGCACAAUUUUACGACAAGGGCCGGAUACACGACAUCACAAUCGAAUGUUACAGUGAGAAAAUCAAUGAUCCAUCUCUGGUGAUUAGCAUAGACAGAAAGGCUGUAAUGCAGGUGAAGAAACUAAGGUGGAAAUUCAGGGGAAACCAAACCAUUUUGGUAGAUGGGAUGGCAGUUCAUGUCUACUGGGAUGUUCACAGUUGGUUUUUUGGAAGUGUUGUGGGAAAUGCUGUGUUCCUGUUCCAAACCUCUCUUUCAAGCUCAGCCCAGAAGUUGGCAAAUAGUAUUAGCAGUCCUUCCUCUGCAUUUAGCUGGUCGGGUCCAGACUCACAACAAGGUCAAGCUUUUUCUCUGAUUUUGUAUGCUUGGAAGACUGAGUGA